AGAUUGAAGCCUUGCUCCGCCUCAUUUUGAAUGUGUCUUUUCAUCAAUGAUUCACUCUCUGGUAGUCGACCUUCCUUCAUGACCGUCAACAGUAAAAACACUGAUCUCAGAUCAGCCUCAGCCGCGCGCCUCUCUGUUUUGCCUCUCAGUGUCCUGAACAGAGCACACUGAUCUCCUCUCUGCACACAGGUCCGUCCGACACUGAUGCUGGAUCAGCGGGAGUGGAAUGGAUGAUGGCUAUGGCAAACUGUAAUCUGCGGACACCGUCCUCCUCUCCUCAUGAUGACGUCAAUCUGGGACCCUCAGCAAACCCGCAUGCCAGACCCACUGACUUUGACUUUUUGGCUGUCAUUGGCAAAGGGACUUUUGGAAAGGUUCUGCUUGCCAAGCUCAAAGCCGACAACAAAUUCUACGCCGUCAAGGUGCUGCAGAAGAAAGUCAUCCUGAAGAAGAAAGAGCAAAAGAACAUUAUGGCAGAGAGAAAUGUGCUGCUGAAGAGUCUGAAACAUCCCUUUCUGGUCCGGCUCCACUACUCCUUCCAGACUCCAGAGAAGCUCUACUUUGUCCUUGACUAUGUGAAUGGGGGAGAGCUGUUUUUCCACCUGCAAAGAGAGCGGUGUUUCUCGGAGCCCAGAGCGAGGUUCUACGCAGCCGAGGUAGCGAGCGCGAUCGGCUAUCUUCACUCUCUCAACAUUGUUUACAGAGAUCUGAAGCCAGAAAACAUCCUCUUAGACUCUCAGGGCCACGUGGUGCUGACAGAUUUUGGUCUGUGCAAAGAAGGCGUAGAGCCGGAGGGAACCACCUCGACUUUCUGCGGGACUCCAGAAUACUUGGCACCAGAGGUCCUUCGUAAAGAAGCGUAUGACAGGACAGUGGACUGGUGGUGUCUGGGAGCAGUGACCUAUGAGAUGAUCUACAGCCUGCCCCCUUUCUACAGCCGUGACGUCGGUGAAAUGUAUGAUGGGAUCCUCCACAAGCCUCUGCCACUGCCUCCAGGGAAGUCUGAUGCCGUCUGCUCCCUGCUGGUGGGUCUCCUGCAGAAAGACCAGCACAGACGCCUCGGGGCCAUCGCCGACUUUUUAGAAAUAAAGAACCACACCUUUUUCUCUCCAAUCAACUGGGACGACCUUUAUCACAAGAGAAUAACUCCUCCUUACAACCCCAAUGUGAGAGGCCCGGCAGACACUCAACAUAUUGACCCAGAGUUCACCAGAGAAAUGGUUCCUAACUCGGUAAGUCGGACACCGGAGCUCAACGCCAGCAGCAGCUCCAACAACGCCUUCAAUGGGUUCUCCUUUGUCGCCACUGAGGACAGCUUUCUGUGAGGCAGGAGUUAACUGUUGGAUUAAUUUAAUGGAGUGAUCUUUUGAGUCUCAUGAAAAUAAGAACUCCUCAUGCAGCGCUGCAGAAAUCCCAACAUGACAUGUAUCAUGUUUGACUACUGCAGGGAUUAACAGAAUUUUUUCCUCCUGAGGGUGUAGCAGUGGCAGCACAUCUGCAGGAGAGAUAUUUAAGCUUAAAAUAUUUUUAAAAAGAAAAAAAUUUCCUUGAAGUCAAAGGUCUGUUCUUAGAAAGAUAGCAAGGAUUGACAUUAGCAUGUUACCAUAUAAACAGGCAAGAGAUAGGAGCAUCUUUAAGAUGCAGUGUAAAUUAUCUUUAUUCCAUUAAUUUGCAGUGGAAUGAAGAAUGUGUUUUAGAAUUAUUGUAUGAACAAACUUUUCAUCUUGUGUCUGCUUAAAAGGAAAAAAACACACUAUAUAUAUAUAUAUAUAUAUAUAUAUAUAUACAGGUAUGACCAUCAGACAGCAUCUAAAGAGGUGUAAGUGUGAACCUCUGCCAUGGAUUUUGCUCUGAGCAUCAGGAAAAAUAACAUAAUAAUAAUAAUAAUAUAAUAAAAUAAUAUAAUAUAAUAAUAAUAAGAAGGAACAUAUGAAUGAUGAGUGAUCUAUUGCUAAGCCCGCCCUCGAACGCCACGAGCCAAUAACAUUUCAUGCAGCUACAUAGACAAUCAUCAGAAGUUUAGAUUUUCCUGCACUUUUAUUUAGAUUUAUACGAUUAUAACUUUAAAAAAUGGUCAAACGAUGUGCAAGGGGUAAAUGCAACACUGAUACAAGGUUUCCUGAGACGCUCAAGAAUGGAGUGUACUUUAUCCCGUUCUCUAAACCUCACAUAAACAGAGCGUCUCCUUUGGAUUAAGUUUUGUGGCAGACCACACAGUCAGCUCAGUGUAGAGAAGAUAAACAAGGAUGUCCAUAUUUGUUCACAAUAAUAUUGUAUUUUGAUACACAUAUAAAUCUGCAGUAGCCUUGAUGAAAAAUAAUGUAUCAAAUGCAAAGAAGAACUUAACAUAUACAAAAGGUGCUUUGAU